AGCUUGCUGGAGCCCCUCUGUGUGCUUCUGAGAGGUUCCUGGCUGGGAGUGGAGCUGCAGCAAAACUCAGGUCCAGGAUGCAGGUUCUUGUGCUACUGUUCUGGACUGGAGCCCUGCUUGGGUACAGCAGCUGCCAGAAUGUCGCUGGUAGCUCCGAGGGUUCCUUGGCUCCUGAUAGCACAGGGGAACCAGUGGAGGAGGAGGACCCUUUCUUCAAAGUACCUGUGAACAAACUGGCAGCAGCUGUCUCCAACUUUGGCUAUGACCUGUAUCGCUUGAAAUCCAGUGCGAGUCCCAUGGCCAACGUACUGCUGUCCCCGCUCAGUGUGGCUACUGCUCUCUCUGCCCUUUCACUGGGAGCGGAACAGCGAACAGAAUCUACCAUCCACCGGGCUCUCUACUAUGACUUGAUCAGCAACCCGGACAUCCACAGCACCUACAAGGAACUCCUUGCCACUGUCACCGCCCCCCAGAAGAACCUCAAGAGUGCUUCCCGGAUUGUCUUUGAGAAGAAGCUGCGGAUAAAAUCCAGCUUUGUCUCACCACUGGAGAAGGCCUAUGGGACCAGGCCCAGAAUCCUGACUGGCAACCCUCGAGUGGACCUUCAGGAGAUUAACAACUGGGUACAGGCCCAGAUGAAAGGGAAAAUUGCCAGGUCCACAAGGGAAGUGCCCAGUGAAGUCAGCAUCCUCCUUCUUGGUGUGGCUUACUUUAAGGGGCAGUGGGUAACAAAGUUUGACACCAGAAAGACUUCUCUGCAGGAUUUCCACUUGGAUGAGGAAAGGACUGUGAGAGUCCCCAUGAUGUCAGACUCUAAGGCCAUUUUACGCUAUGGCUUGGAUUCUGAUCUCAACUGCAAGAUUGCCCAGCUGCCCUUAUCCGGAAGCAUGAGUAUCAUCUUCUUCUUGCCCCUGAAAGUGACUCAGAACUUGACCUUGAUAGAAGAGAGCCUCACUUCUGAGUUCAUUCAUGACAUAGACCGAGAACUGAAGACUAUCCAAGCAGUCCUGAGCAUCCCCAAGCUGAAGCUGAGUUAUGAAGGCGAAGUUACCAAGUCCAUACAGGAGAUGAAACUGCAAUCCUUGUUUGAGUCACCAGACUUCACCAAGAUCACAGGCAAACCUAUCAAGCUUACCCAAGUGGAACACAAGGCUGGUUUUGAGUGGAAUGAGGAUGGGGCAGGAACCACCCCGAGCCCAGACCUCCAGCCUGCCCACCUCACUUUCCCCCUGGAAUAUCACCUUAACCAACCUUUCAUCUUUGUACUGAGGGACACGGACACAGGAGCCCUUCUCUUCAUAGGCAAAAUUCUGGACCCCAGGGGCACUUAAUGCUCCACUUCAACAUUCUAGAACCCUAGAAGAAAACCCCAGGAGGGAUGACAGAUUAUACAUUACAUGAAGGAUGCCCCUAGUUUCAAUGUAUACUUUGCAAUAAAAGAGCUUUCUCCUUAA